GUACGCUGUUUACAAGUUUUGGAUCUCUAUUACCCCGCCGGUACAAUUCGCCGUCCCCGUCGGUUGCGCUCUGAACCGAGCAAGCUCGCGAAGGCGGCGGCUAGCCUUUUUCUAUUAAACAAUUGCCUCAGAAGAAUCACACAUUAACGAAUUUCUUUCCGCCAUGGAAGACGAAGCAGAAAUCUACGACGGCGCCCGAGCUCAGUUCCCUCUCACCUUCGGCAAACAGUCCAAAUCCCAAACCCCUCUCGAGCAGAUCCACAACGCCACUCGCCGUUCCGCCACCGCCGCUACUGCCAGCAACGAAAGCGACAAAAAGUCUUCAUCCUCCAAACCCUCGUCUGAACCCGUUUCUCCUAAACCUAGGAUUGGGCCCUCACGGCCGCCGCAGUCGCUAGCGAAUUCCGAUUCCAACCGCGAGGAAGACGAUGACGACCGGGAUGUCCCCGUCGGGCCACCUCCUCCGCCACCUGGGCAGACCGUGGAUGACGAUGACGAUGGCGAAGCUAUGGUCGGACCACCGAGACCGCCAUUACGGGCUGUUGAUGACAGUGAUGAUGAUGAUGAUGGUGAGAUGGUAGGACCGCCAAGACCAACUGCACCGGUGUCUGACUCGGAUGAGGGUGAAGAUGAAGAAGAGGAGAAUCAGCAUCGAAUUCCUACGAGCAAUGAAAUUGUUCUCAAGGGCCAUACUAAGAUCGUUUCAGCACUUGCAAUUGAUCAUUCAGGGUCUAGAGUUCUUUCGGGAAGUUAUGACUACACUGUCCGCAUGUAUGACUUUGGAGGGAUGAACUCAAGUUUGCAGUCAUUCCGGCAGCUAGAACCAUCUGAAGGUCAUCAAGUUCGUCACAUAAGUUGGAGUCCUAGUGCUGACAAAUUUUUAUGCGUCACUGGUUCUGCUCAGGCUAAGAUAUAUGAUCGAGAUGGACUUACUUUAGGCGAGUUUGUAAAAGGGGACAUGUACAUUCGCGAUUUGAAGAAUACCAAGGGUCAUAUUACUGGGUUGACUUGUGGCGAAUGGCAUCCCAAAGCAAGGGAGACAGUUUUGACAUCAUCAGAGGAUGGAUCUCUGCGUAUAUGGGAUAUAAAUGAUUUCAAAAGUCAGAAGCAGGUCAUCAAGCCAAAGCUUGCUAGACCUGGAAGGACUCCAGUGACCACUUGCACUUGGGACCGUGAAGGGAAGUACAUCGCUGGAGGGGUUGGGGAUGGUUCUAUACAGGUAUGGACUCUCAAGCCUGGAUGGGGAAGCAGACCAGAUGUGCACAUAGAGAAGGCUCAUUCUGAUGAGAUCACUGGGAUUAAGUUCUCCAGUGAUGGAAGAAUUUUACUCUCCAGAAGUUUUGAUGGUUCAUUAAAGGUUUGGGAUUUGCGGAAAACGAAAGAGGCUCUCAAGGCAUUUGAGGAUCUUCCUAAUAAUUAUUCUCAGACUAAUGUUGCUUUAAGCCCUGACGAGCAGCUAAUUUUGACCGGAACGUCUGUUGAAAGGGAGAGCCCAACUGGAGGUUUGUUGUGCUUUUUUGAUCGUUCAAAACUCGAACUUGUUUCGAAAAUUGGUGUCUCCCCAAACAGUGUUGUGCAAUGUGCUUGGCACCCUAAGCUUAAUCAGAUUUUUGCAACGACUGGAGAUAAAGGCCAAGGCGGAACUCACAUCCUUUAUGAUCCAACCCUGAGUGAGAGAGGAGCUCUGCUCUGUGUUGCUCGUGCUCCGAGGAAAAAAUCGGUGGAUGAUCUUGAGAUUCAGCCUGUUAUCCAUAAUCCUCAUGCACUGCCCUUAUUUAGAGAUGCACCAAGCCGCAAGCGUCAGCGCGAGAAGAUACUGAAAGAUCCCCUCAAGUCUCAUAAGCCUGAUCUUCCCAUGACUGGGCCAGGACAUGGUGGGAGAAUUGGCUCAAGUAAAGGAAGCAUGCUGACUCAGUAUCUGAUGAAGAAAGGUGGAAUGCUCAAGGAGACAUGGAUGGAGGAAGAUCCUAGGGAAGCCAUACUCAAAUACGCUGAUGUUGCAGCUAAGGAUCCGAAGUACAUAGCUCCUGCAUAUGCAGACACCCAACCUGAACCAGUAUUUGCCGAGUCGGAUUCUGAAGAUGAAGAAAAGCGCUGACCGCGCAUUAGUGGUCCUUUACCUGCUUUGCUAACAGGCGAUACAGAACACAGUGAUGGAUCAACUUGGAAUGUUGCACGACCUGAAGGUGUUGUAGAAGCUAACUGAAUCCCAGGGUUCCAGACUCAGACGUAGCUUCUAUACCUAUACCAUUAUCAAGAGAGUCUGAUGCUACACCAUAUGGCCGCUUCCAUUGUCCAAUGUUGUUGUCCAUUCCCCGCCGCCUCUUCCGUCUUGUAGAAUUCACAACUUUGUAAAUUUUUCGACUCGGAUUAAAUUAGCACUGUAUUUUUGUUUGUGUACUCCCUGCCCUGGAGCUAUUAAAUACUACACUAAAAUGCGAAGCUAGUCUCAUGUAGUUUUAUUAUCUGAACCGUGAUAGGAUCGACCUCGGCACAUUGGUGGGUUUGUUUGUCAACUUGUAAUUUGUUUCAUGUGGCUGUGGUGAGGGUGUUCAUCUUGGUAGGCUAGGGGUGUUCAAAUGGUGUAUUAUCAUGGUAACCGUUUUAACAGGUAGUAUUUGGAUAAUUGAUUUGGUUUGAUUAAAAUUUUUAGCUUGUUAGGUUUAGGUGGUUUGGUUUGAUUUCAAACACUCU